UCUAUUCCAUUGGGAUAAAGUCAAUUGUACCUUUGAUAAGAUAAAACCGAAGUGAAAGGAGGUUUAACCUGUGUGGAGGCUGUAGCCAGCCGGUAUUGCCAGUUGUAGCUGUAUGUUCAGUGUUUGCUAACGUUACUUUGAUAAGUAUUAAUAACUUUAUUUUGUGGUUUACCUGAAGUCUGUACAAACAACAUGCCCCUGAAGUUGUACGCGGUAUCAGACGGGCCGCCCUCGCUGUCGGUGCGGCAGACACUGUCCACCCUGCAGGUGCCCUUCACGCUCGUCAACGUCGACUACGGACAGGGCGAACACAUGACAGAGGAAUAUGCUAAGAUGAACCCUCAGAAAGAGAUCCCAGUGUUGGACGAUGAUGGUUUCUUCUUGGGCGAAAGCAACGCCAUUAUGCAGUACAUUUGCGACAAAUACAAACCAGACUCUACUCUUUACCCUAAAAAUCCAAAAGACAGGGCCAUUGUGAACCAUCGUUUGUGUUUCAACCUCUCUACGUAUUACGCAAAUAUUUCAGCAUAUACAAUGGCGCCAAUAUUUUUCGAUUACGAGCGCACUCCUUUUGGCCUGAAAAAGGUCCAUAUGGCUCUGGAUGUAUUCGAGACAUACCUCACCAGACUGGGCACCAGCCAUGCUGCUGCUAACCACCUCACCAUCGCUGACUUCCCACUCUUUAACUCUACCAUGACUCUUGAAGCGAUUGGGUUCGACUUCUCUAAGUAUGCCAAGAUCCAUAAAUGGUACAAUGACUUCAAGAAGAGCUAUCCGAACUUGUGGAAGAUCUCAGAAGAUGCCAUGAAAGAAAUCCAGCACUUCGCUGCACAUCCACCUGAUCUGACCCACCUCAACCAUCCCAUACACCCAGCAAGGAAGAUCAAAUAAAAUCAUAAACUUCAUACAAUCAGUUAUAUUUAUGACUGGAGUCUAAACAUAAUGCUUUUAUUUGAUAACAGGCUUAUAACAUAAUUAUGUAGAGGUAGAACUGUUUAUAGAUGUGAACCAGAUCUUUGUAAUACAAUGUUAUAUAUUAAAUAUUUUAAACCUA